AUGACAAAAAAUGUUCUUCGAUUCAUGGCUCGUGUUCGAUGUAUGGAUCAAAAACAGCAUUUCAAAUGUUCUACAAGAGAUCUUUGUAUUCCUCCGGCAUUGGUUGAAAAUGGUUGGUGCGAUUGUGGAUAUAAUGAAUAUGGUUUUUGUGAUGAUGAAAACCUAAAUGUUAACUAUUUUAAAACACACAUCUCAUUUCCAACAAUUUGUGAUGGUUUUACAGAAUUAAUACCUGUUACUAUCGAUGGACGAAAUGAAACCGAUGAAACCAAGUCUGAAUAUUGGCAAUGUAAUAAUACUUAUACUCGAUGUGAUGGAUUUUGGAAUUGUUGCAAUGGAGCAGAUGAAGUAGAUUGUGACCGAUGA